AUUUUGGCCUUUGUUUUAGGUAUGCUGCAAAUGUUGAUGGAUACUGAUCUGGAUGCUGAUCAACUUGAUUAUGCCCAGACAGCUCAUGCCAGCGGAAAGGAUCUCAUUUCCAUUAUUAAUGAGGUUCUUGAUCAGGCCAAGAUAGAAUCAGGCCGGCUUGAGCUUGAGGCAGUGCCCUUUGAUUUGCGUAAUAUCCUAGACAAUGUUGUUUCUCUAUUCUCGGGAAAGUCUCGGGAAAAAGAAAUUGAAUUGGCUAUAUAUGUAUCCAAUAAGGUACCUGAGAUUCUGGUUGGAGACCCUGGGCGAUUCCGGCAGAUAAUAACAAAUCUUGUUGGUAAUUCAGUAAAGUAUUCGGCUGACCGCCUUUGAUACUGUCAAGAGUCUAGUUGCUGCAAGUGAGAAAGAGUUUCAGAGUAUUGUUGAGGGAAACCGUAAGGAGGCAAAAGCAAGCUCAGCUCAUUGAACGUUUGCUAGCUGUUGUUGGAGUAUUUCUUAAUUCAAGCUGUUGUUUUCCUAUUUUGUUUUGAAAGUUAACAGAAAAAAUGAAAAAAUGUAACUCUAUAUAUAUGUUAAUGUUUA